AUGAGUCCUGCCGCCGCCAGUAACCGCCAGAUUCGUCUCGUCCGACUGGCCCACGUCUACUACACCCACCAGGAUCUGGAUAAGGCAGCCCGAUUUCUGGAGGACUUUGGCUUUCAGGAGACCGGAAGAGUGGGCAAGACUAUUUACUACCGCGGGACCAGCGCCGAGCCAUUCGUCUAUUGCGCUCAACAAGGCGACGUGGAUAGAUUUGGUGGUGCUGCCUUCGUGGUGGAGUCCAUGGCGGAUCUUGAGUAUGCAGCGCGGACAUUGCCAAGUACCAGUGAGGUGUAUCAGCUAGACUGUCCAGGAGGAGGGCUCUGUGUAACUUUUGCCGAUCCGGUUGACGGGUUUGCUUUCCAUCUGGUCUAUGGGCAAACUCCUUUGGAGGCGACGGCCGUGAUGCAGGAACCGCGGUACAACUAUCCCACAGAGAAGCAUCGACCUUCGAACAGCUGUCAGAGAUUCAAGCCUGGUCCAGCACCAGUCCACAAAUUGGGCCACUUCGGGAUGUGCGUGACGGACUUUGCCAGGGCGUAUGACUUUUACACGACGCGCUUCAACUUCAAGGCCAGUGAUCUUCUCCACGACGAGCACGGCAAGGACAUCAGCGCAUUCAUGCACCUAGAUCGGGGGGAGGAGCUGGUGGAUCAUCAUUGUUUCUUUCUCUUUGAGGGGCCAAAAUCCCAUGUUCAUCACUCCUCCUUUGAGACUACGGAUUUUGAUACUCAGCUUCUGGGACACCACUGGCUCCGGCAGAGGGGUUAUGCUAAUUGCUGGGGCGUGGGGAGACACAUUAUGGGCAGCCAGAUCUUUGACUAUUGGUUCGAUCCAUCGGGGUUCAUUCUGGAGCACUAUGUCGAUGGCGACUUGGUGAAUGAGGACUACCCUACGAAUCGAUCGCCUGCUUCGCCAAACAACCUGCAUGUCUGGGGCCCUCCAACUCUGCCUUUUCUGGGAAACAUCCACCAAAUCCCCAGAAGAGGAUCCUAUCUCAAAUUCACUGAGUGGGCCGAGAAAUACGGAGGCCUCUACUCCCUGAAACUGGGAACUGGCACUGCAGUUGUAAUCACUGACCGACGAAUCGUGAAGGAGCUGAUCGACCGCAAGAGCUCCAAGUACAGUAACCGACCGGCAUCGUUCGUCGCGCAUACCAUCACCGGGGGAGACCAUCUAUUGGUCAUGCAAUAUGGAGCGCUGUGGCGCACCCUCCGUAAGCUUGUUCAUCAGUACUUCAUGGAGUCGAUGGUCGAGAAGAGUCAUCUACGAGUUCAAAAUGCCGAGGCAGUGCAGAUGUUACGUGAUUUCUGUGUGCGGCCUGAUCAGCACAUGCUGCAUCCAAAACGGUAUAGCAAUAGUAUCACUAUGAGUCUGGUAUAUGGGAUUCGGACACCAUCUGUGCAUACGCCACACAUGACGCAGCUGUACGAGAUGAUGGAUCAAUGGUCCCAAGUCAUGGAGCCCGGCAACACGCCUCCCGUAGAUAUCUACUCCUUCCUGCAUUACAUUCCCCAGCGGCUGUUCGGCGACUGGCUCUCCCGUGCCAAGGGCGUCAGCGCGCACAUGAACAACCUCUACGCCGAGUACCUUGACCGCGUCGAAGCACGCAGGGACAAAAGGGGCAGCACAGGCUCGUUCAUAGACUCCGUGCUCGAUCAGAACGACAAGCUCGGACUCACCCGCCACCAGCUGUACUUUCUCGGCGGGGUCCUGCUGGAAGGCGGAUCGGAUACCUCGAGCGCCAUCAUCCUCGCGUUCAUUCAUGCCAUGACCAAGUGGAAUGAAGUGCUCCGCAAGGCACAGGCCGAGAUUGAUGCCGUGGUAGGCGAGGACCGUACCCCCGUGUGGGCCGACUAUGAUCGCCUGCCAUACACUGCUACCGUUGUCAAGGAAGCCAUGCGCUGGCGGCCGGCAGUGCCUCUGGCUUUUCCUCACGCUGCUGCAGAAGGUAUUUACCCCCUUUUCGCCUUGUUGAAUCUUGUGCUCACGGGUUCCUUAGACGACUGGAUCGAUGGCCACCUCAUACCCAAGGGCACAACCGUCAUCGUCAACGGCUGGGGCCUCCACCAUGAUAAACGUCGCUUCCCAAACUCGGACGUCUUUGACCCAGACCACUACCGCGGCCAAACCGCUCUGGCCUCCGACCUGGCCGGCGCACCCGACUACAACAGUCGUGACCACUAUGGCUACGGCACGGGACGCCGAAUCUGCCCGGGGAUCCACGUUGCGGAGCGCAACCUCUUUCUGGGAAUCGCGAAGCUCAUCUGGGCAUUCUCCAUCGAGGCUGGGAAAGAUGAGGCUGGUAAUCUUAUUCCGCCCGAUCUCAAUCCUGAGACGGGUUAUAGUGAAGGUUUCCUGGUUUGCGCCAGGGACUUCGCGUGCCGGAUCACACCCCGAUCCGCGGCAAGACGGGCGACAAUCAUGAGAGAAUUCAAACAGGCGCAAGAGGAAGUGUUCUCUUGUUACGAGAAUCCAGUUUAA